UAGGUUGAUGCAUGCUAUUUCACCCACAGGUUGUUUACUUUGGUGACAGUAUGCGCUCGGAUAUAUUUCCUGCUCACAGCUACAAUAAUUGUGAAACAGUCCUCGUGCUGGAAGAACUAGAAGUUGAAGCCAGCCAACAAGUUACAACAGACAGAAAGGACUCUGAGCCAUUAGAGAAGAAAGGAAAAUAUGAAAGCAAGAGGCAGAAGAUGUGGCCAGUCGUGUCAGAACAGUGGGGCUCCUAUUUUGUGGAUGGUGUCACAGGACUGGAGGGUGAAGGUGAAACCCAGGUGCACACAUGGUGCACCAGCAACAUUAACACAUACAGCACCAUUGCCAUUCCCAGCCUGCAGGCUAUAGCAGACUUGUCACUUGACCACAAGUUCCCCAGGUUUUGUCCAGAUAAACCGAGUUUCAUAGGUUAUUAUCCGAGGCCUCCUGCAGCCCUUGUUCCAAGACCUAGUGAACCAAUAACACAAGAAUAAGCAUGCAAAAGCUGUUACCUCAGCCUGUGAAGAAAAGCAAGAUCCUCUGCGAAGCAACACAUGUUUUGUCUCUAGUGUGGCUACUGUGCGUUACCUCCGUAAAAGAAGUUUCUGUACUGUUUAAGUGCAUUUAGAAUCAGCUAUGCUGAUGGUUUUAUUUUUGAAAAAGCUGUUAUAUCUUCAUUUUAUAAAAAGAAAAAUUCCUCUUUCAGUGUUAUUGGUUCUAAGGAUAGCAUUAAUCGGUCUAAAUAUAGUCCAGGCCUGCUGAUUGUAAAAAUGGUGGAAGUCAUUCCAUUUAAUACAGGGGCUACUGUAUUAAUGAAGAAUGUUUGAUGAUCCGCGUUUUUGUUUUAAAGGGGAAAAAUGUCAGAAGAACAGUGCAUCAUUUUGAUCACAAUAAAGUCACACCCAAAUAGUGUAA